CAUCCUCUUCUCACCUUACAUGUUCCAAUUAUAUUUAGUCAAUUUAGGUCCAGACUCCACGACGCCCUUCCCUGCCAACAACCACCACCAUGGUUCAACACCGCUUCAUUAUGAUAUCAUUACCAGUUCAAGGCCACAUCAAUCCCUCCCUCCAAUUAGCCAAGCGCCUCAUCCGCACCACUGGGGCGCGUGUAACCUUUGUCACCAGCGUCUCCGCUCACCGCCGCAUUGGCAACCGCGCAACUACUCCUAGUGGCUUGACCUUUGCUCCCUUCUCUGACGGGUACGACGACGGGGCUAAGCCUGAAGACGAUAGACAGCAUGUCUUUAGUGAGCUAAAGAGUCGCAGCUCGCAAGCGAUUGUGGAUCUUGUCAAAUCUGGUGCGAAUGAGGGCCACCCUUACACUUGCAUAGUGUACACUUUAGUUCUCCCUUGGGUCGCGGAAGUGGCCACUGAGCUUCACCUCCCCAGCGCUCUCCUUUGGAUUCAGCCAGCCACAGUGUUCGACAUAUACUACUAUUACUUCAACGGCUACAAAGAUAUCAUCAGGAACAAUACCGGUGCUGAUAACAAUGACCCCUCCUUUGCAGUAGAAUUACCAGGACUGCCACUAUCGUUGAGGAGCCGCGACCUUCCCUCCUUCUUGCUGGCUUCGAGUCCGUACAUAUACCGUUUCGCUCUCCCAUUGUUCGAAGAUCAGUUGGAAAAGCUUGGGAAACUAAGCAAGGCAAUCAUACUGGUGAACACGUUCGAUGCACUAGAACCCGAGGCCUUAAAAGCAAUCGACAAGUACAGCUUGAUCGGAAUCGGGCCUUUAAUGCCGUCUGCUUUCUUAGACGACAAGGAUUCAUCUGAUAAAUCUUUCGGAUGCGAUCUUUUCCAGAAAUCAAAAGAUUCCACCUACAUGGAAUGGCUGAAUUCGAAGCCGGAACAGUCGGUCGUUUACGUCUCGUUUGGGACCGUUUCCAUGCUGUCCAAGAUUCAAAUGGAGGAAAUUGCAAAAGGGUUGCUGGAUUCUGGACGUCCGUUUCUGUGGGUGAUUAGGGAAAACCAAAAGAACGGAGAAGGUAAGGAAGGAAAAGAAGAAGAGGAGCUGAGUUGUAGAGAGGAACUAGAAGAGCUUGGGGUGAUAGUCCCGUGGUGUAGUCAAGUGGAGGUUCUGUCAAAUCCUUCAUUGGGUUGUUUUGUGACACAUUGUGGCUGGAAUUCAAGCUUGGAGAGUUUAGUUUCUGGGGUACCGGUGGUGGCAUGUCCUCAGUGGACAGAUCAAUGCACUAAUGCAAAAUUGAUAGAGGACACGUGGAAGACAGGGGUGAGGGUAGCACCGAAUGAGGAGGAUGUUGUUGUGGGUGAGGAGUUGAAGAGGUGUCUGGAUUUGGUCAUGGGAAGUCAAGAGUUGAGAAGGAAUGCUAAGAAGUGGAAGAAUUUGGCGAGAGAGGCUGUGAGUGAAGGGGGGUCAUCUGACAAGAAUCUCAAGGCGUUUCUGAAGGAGAUUGAAGAAGUAGAUUAAUUGCAUGGGGAAAUAAAAUGAUUGUCUAAUGCAAUUGAGUGGGUUUCGAUGGGUAGGCGAUGAGGAGUCGAACAAGGCGUGAAAGGCGACGCCCAUGGCAACAAAAGAGAAACGACGUCGUUUUGAAACGAUUGUGGUUUAAACCAAUGAAGAAGGAGUUGAAGAAGUUCCUUUCUGCUUCUGCCAAUGAAAAAGUCGAAAAACUUUUAUCUGGUCAUUAGAGUAUAUCAUUAUAAAUUUAGUUGCCGGGUUGAUUUUCAGGUGAUUGUGUUUAUAGUGCAGGUGAUUGUGUUUAGUUGUUGGGUUGGAUUUCAUUUAGAAUUUGUCAACUGUAUGAUUGUUGGUAAUGUAUGAACUGUUAAUGCCUUAAAUUU